AUGGCUUCGGGUCAGGAAGACUGUAUCGAUUUGCAGGGAGAUUUUGAUAAUGAUGACGAGUACUUCCAAAACCUCUUUCCGAGCGACUUUCCGCCGCAACCCAGCAAUUCUUCUGGAAAGGCAAAAGAACAGACCGAACAGCCAGUUGUUGUAAAAAGUGAAACGGUUCCUCAGACGUUUUCUUCCAACAAAUAUGUAAAGCAAAAGGGUCCGAUCUCCAAAACCAAUAAUAACACGAAUGGAGGCGUUGCAACUGGUGUGGAUUCUUCAGUAGGCCCUGCCGUUACAAGUCCUGAAAACCUCCCCUCCAACUCGGCCGGAAACCCCCACGAGGUACGUGAGCCGCCAGUCGUGGAGAAGCCUUCCGGGAGAUCACAGAGUCACUCUGUUUUAGUUGACGCCUCUAAGGCCUCUGACUCUGGAAAUGCCAAAGGUGCUGGACCUUCUAAGGUUCCAAAAAAUAUAACCUUUAAUUCAAGGGCCACUGGAAAAAAACGAAUGGCCAACAAAGAGAAUAUUGCAACUUCCUUUAGAGAUGAAUGUAGUAUGUCGAGCGCCGAAAAUAUUAAAUCGUGGAUAAGGAACUCACAGUACGAUCCUAAAAAAAUAGCCCAACCGGUUACAUCCAACAAACGAGCACCCGAAGUGUCAGUGCGUGUUAGACCCCAAAAAACAAUUUCUUCACCCAAUGCUGCGAUGACCAGCACAAGCGAUCAAGCUGUUAGGCCCAAUGCUGCCUCGAAAGCACCUUUUUCAUCGCCUAAUAGCCCUUUAGGUACUGCCAAGGAUCUCACGACAGAUCAAGCUCAGAUUUGGCAAUUACCAGAUAUGAGUGUUCCGCCACCCACGACAGAUCAAGUUCAGCUUUGGCAAUUACCAGAUAUGAGUGUUCCGCCACCCAUGACAGGUCAAGCUCAGCUUUGGCAAUUACCAGAUAUGAGUGUUCCGCCACCCCCGAUCAGUGAUCCCCAGAUGCAAAGGAUUUUGAACCCAGUGGUCACAGCAAAGAGAUCUAAUAUAGGGAAUGGAAAUGGGUACGUGAAUAAACAAGCGAAUCAUCUAAGUACCGGUGGAGUGCCAAGAGUUGUCAAGCCUCCUCCCACAGGAUCCAACAUGGGUCCAACACAGCAUGGGUCUGGGGGACGUGCGGCACAAGCGAAUCCACCAAAGAACUAUAGCCCAGCAUUAGAGAUUCAUCCAAGGAUCAGUCGUGGAAUGGUUGGCAGACAAAAGACAGUGCCACUAGAAUACGAUAUCCCACCCCACAAAAUUUCUAAGGUGUCGCAAGAAACAAAUGGAGCAUCAUCCUCAAAUGGAGCAUCAUCCUACGCCUCCACGUCUUCACAAGCGAAUCGACCAAGUAACUCCAAUAGAGUUUCAGCGAAUCAUCCACGUACCAGUCGUGGAGUGGCUCGUAGACAAGAGGCAGGACCAUCAUCAGCCAAUGUUCAGCCACCCCAGUCAUCCACACCUAUGUAUUCGGAAGACUGUGACCCCACGAUCCAGCGAAAUGUUGCCUUAUUUUUAAAGGCAUGUCCGAGGCAUCAGCCCCAUAUGCUGUUCUAG